AUGGGUUUCGUUGACAUCCUCACCGGUGCUGGCCUUGCCACGCUCGACAGCUGGCUGAACACCCGCUCCUACAUUGUCGGAACCGCUGCCACCCAGGCUGAUGUCGUCACCUUCAAGGCCCUGAGCUCGGCCCCCGACGCCGAGAAGUACCCCAACGCUGCUCGCUGGUACAAGCACAUCGCCUCGUUCGAGGACGAGUUCUCAACGCUCCCUGGCGACUCGGCCAAGCCCUACACUGAGUACGGUCCGGAGGAGGUCGCUGCUACCCUGAACCCUGCCAAGGCCCCGGCCGCCGCCGAGGAGGAUGACGAUGUCGAUCUGUUUGGCAGCGACGACGAGGAGGAGGAUGCCGAGGCCGCGCGUAUCCGUGAGGAGCGCCUGGCCGAGUACAGGAAGAAGAAGGAGAGCAAGCCCAAGACGAUCGCCAAGUCCAUCGUGACUAUGGACGUCAAGCCCUGGGACGACGAGACCGAUAUGGUGGCCCUGGAGGCGGCUGUUCGUGCUAUCACGCAGGACGGCCUGGUAUGGGGUGGCUCCAAGCUCGUCCCCGUCGGCUACGGUGUCAACAAGCUGCAGAUCACCCUGGUCGUCGAGGACGACAAGGUUGGUAUCCAGGAGCUUCAGGACGAGAUUGCCGAGAUCGAGGACUAUGUCCAGUCCACCGACGUUGCUGCCAUGCAGAAGCUGUAA